GAAGGCCCAUUUCAUUAUUUAAAUCAACUCACCCUGAUUGAGAUCUAUGCUCCUCUUUCUCUCCUCUUUUUCCUCUCCCAUCCACUUUCCCGGAAAAUGGCAAAGAGAAAAGAAAAUGUAGUAGUAUUCCCUUUCAUGGCACAAGGCCACAUGAUACCCUUCUUGGCCUUAGCCCUCCAAAUAGAGCAAAGAGGCUACAACAUAACCUUCAUCAACACCCCUCUCAACAUCAAGAAACUCCAAUUUUCUCUCCCGCCAAACACCUCCAUUCGCCUCCUCGAAAUCCCAUUCAACAGCGCCGACCACAGCCUCCCUCCGGGCAUCGAGAACACCGACGUCCUGCCUUACACCGACAUCAUCACCCUCUUCGAAGCCUCGCUCUCUCUCAAACCCGCCUUCCGAAAGCUCCUCCUCGACCUCACGGCGGAGGACAGCGGUGCUCCGCCGCUCUGCGUCAUAGCCGACAUCUUCUUCGGCUGGACCGCUGACGUCACGCGCGAAUUGGGCAUCUUCAGCGCCAUCUUCAGCGGAGCGGGCGGGUUCGGGUUGGCCUGCUACUACUCUAUCUGGCUGGGCUUACCUCACCGGAACACGAACUCGCUCGAGUUCUCGUUGCCAGAUUUCCCCGAAGCCGGUGAAAUUCACGUCACCCAGUUGGCCCCCAGUAUGGUAGUGGCCGACGGUACUGACCGUUGGUCGGUUUUUGAACUGAAAACUCUUCCGGCAUGGUUGAAUGCCGAUGGAAUUUUGUUCAACACAGUUGAAGCACUCGACAGAAUUGGAUUAGCCUAUUUCAAUCGCAAAAUUGGCCGACCGGUUUGGGCAAUUGGGCCGAUACUUCUAUCGGUAGACAACCGAGCUCGAACCGGUAGAGAAUUCGGGAUCAAGCUUGAUCAAUGCAUCGAAUGGCUAAACGCAAAGCCACCAAGUUCUGUUCUCUAUGUCUCAUUUGGUUCACAGAACACAAUAUCAGCCUCACAGAUGAUGAACUUGGCAAGAGCGUUAGAAGCUAGUGAAAAAAGUUUCAUAUGGGUUGUUAGGCCUCCUUUAGGAUUUGAUAUUAAUUCGAAAUUUGAAGCCGAAAAAUGGUUGCCUGAAGGUUUUGUAGAGCGCGUGGAGGAUCGAAAGAGAGGGCUGAUUGUUGUAAAUUGGGCACCUCAGGUGGAGAUUUUGUCCCACAAGUCCGUGGCUGCUUUCUUGACUCACUGUGGGUGGAACUCGGUGCUGGAGGCGCUGAGCCGUGGCGUGCCGUUGAUGGGUUGGCCAAUGCAGGCUGAGCAAUUCUUCAAUUCCAAGUUUUUGGAAGAAGAGGUUGGAGUUUGUGUGGAGGUGGCGAGAGGGACUGGUUUUGAGGUUAGGCAUGAAGAUUUGGUGAAGAAGAUAGAGUUGGUGAUGAGUGAGGAAGGAAGGAAAGGAAAGGAAAUGAGGAGGAAAGCUUGUGAGGUUAAGGAGAUGAUUAGAGAUGCCACUAGAGAUGAGGAGGGUUUCAAAGGGUCUUCUGUCAAAGCUAUGGGUGAGUUUCUCGAUGCUGCAUUGUUGAUGAAGGAGAAGACAAAGUGUGAACACAAUGACUAAAUAUGGACCCCUUUGGUUUCAAUUUCAAAUAAAGAAAAAAGUGUUUGGAAGAUGACCGCUAUAUGUUGUGGCACGUACUGAUGUUUAAAUUGAUAGCAUGACAUUGGAGCCUCUUUGAUGUCUUGAGCCAAUCAAAUUUUAUGUUUUAAGAUAAGGUAAAGUGCAUUAAACCCUCGGAA